UUUUAAUAUUUUUUUUCGGGUUUCCUCUCAGUUUUGAUUUCUCAAGCGUAGCGCUAGCGCAGGGCCAACGCGUCCAUCAUCCUUCUUAACAAAUCCAAAUCAUCACUACUGAGAACUGGCUUUUGCUUUCUCUUGAUUUUUGAUUUGGGUUCUUCCGAAACAGCUCACACUCUUUUGCUGAAUUUGGGUUGAUAAUUUCUGCUGAGAAAGAUAGAGGACAUCAUUCUCUCCGUGCCCAACUGUUGACUCUGUGCCAACCUCUCAUCACCGCCAAAAAGCAAACGUUCGAACGCCGUCAAACGAGGCUGCCACCAUAGCCACAAAGCACGCCGCUGCUGGACACUGUUGUUUGACUGUAUGUACCUUGUCCAAAUUCUUGGCAAUUAGAAACAACAAUGCUUGCUGGAGUGAAGUUCAUACCUCGAGACCAGAUUGAUAAAGAUGAGAAUUCCAGUGCUCCUGCAAAACAGAAACAGAAACAGAAGAAGAGGUCAGGUAGUCAUGAUGAUAAGCGUAGGAAGGGAAAGAGGAGUUCUCGCUAUAGUAGUUCAGAUGGUGAAGAUCUUGAGAGCAUAAAGAAGGGGUCUAGAAAAAAGUGGUAUUCGUCUGAUGAGUAUUCAUCAUCGUCAUAUUCUUCGGGCAAUGAAAGUGUGGGAAAUUCUGAUCGUGAUAGAAGAAAGAGUCAGAGUAAGAGAAAAGGAAAGAGAAGUUGUGAGGAUAUGUCCAAGGAUGAGGUCAGCUAUAGGUCAAAGAAGAGAUCGAGUAGUGGUAAAAAAGCAUAUAUAUCAGAAGAUCAUUCUUCUUCUCCUUCUGAUGGGGAAGACAGUGAUAGUUAUUCUGAUAGGAAAGAAAAGCGCAAGAAAGGUAGUAGAAAAUACGAAAAGAGAAAGAGUAAAAAUAGGAGUCACGGAAGCCUUGAGGAUGAAGAAUUCUCUGAUGGUGGUAGAGGAACUAUUCCUUCGAAAGAUGGAGAAAUUGCAAGGAAGGAAAUUGGGUUAGAGUGGAUGCUUCGACCUGAAGGAAAAACAGAUAGAACACCUACAGUGAUUGUUGAGGAGCUACCAAAGGAAACUCCGGUUGAGGAGAUAAAGAAGGUCAAUCCCAGGGAAUUAAAUCCGUAUUUCAAGGAUGAUGGAAGUGGUUAUCCAGAAGAUACAGAUGAACCGAAAGCUGGUGCGGACCAACUUUUAUCUUCCUCUGUUGUUGGGGAUGGAGGUGCAAGUUGGAGACUUAAAGCACUGAAGCGUGCGAAAGAGCAAGCAACUCGAGAAGGACGAAGGCUCCAGGAGGUUGUUGGGGAGCGUUGGGGCUCUCUUGGUCAACUAACAGUCUCUGUGGCAUCUAAUAAAGCUGCCCAAUCUCGUGCUCAUCUGCAUGCCAUAAAAAGUAGAAAGAAAGGGCUGAGUGAGGAUAACCAACCAAGUUCCAACAAUCAAAGUGACAUGGAUAGUAAAAAGGACACUAGUCGGCACUACCUGAAGGAUGUAUCUCUCGGACAUCCUAAAAUGAGGGAGCCUAAAGUUCGAGAUUCGUUAUCCUGGAAAAAGCAAAAGAAUCGAGAUGUUUCUACUAAGGACUCUGGUCUUAUAGCGGAGGCAGUGUCUAGCUUAAAUACGUUUUCUAACGAUGGAAGCUUCAUGUCUGAGGUUCUUGGUAAGCGGACUGAUGAUUUUAGUAGUCCUGUUUAUGAAAAUGUAGCAGACACUAGCAAACCUAGUGAAGUUAGUGCUGCAUUUAAGGGUGAACUGAGUGUGAACCAGUUGGCAGCUAAGGCUUUUCAACUUCGUUUGAAAGGAAAGCAUGAAGAAGCUGAGGAACUUCUGAAAGAAGUAGAAAACAUAAAGGCAAAGCAGGCUGAUGGAGAUAAUUCAAUUAGACCACAAAAUGAAAGGAGCACAAGCAGAUAUGUUAAGCAGGAUGUGUCCCUUCGCCAGAAGAAAAAGGAGGAUGAUGCUGAUAUGCAUCUAGCUCAAAGGAUAAUGCAGAACAAAAAAUACAGUAUAUCUGGCCAGGCAGAUGAUGAAUAUGACUAUGAUGAUGAUGGUCCAAGCAGAAAGUCUAGGAAGAAACGGGGAAGUGAUGAUCAUAAGGUCACCCAGAAGAACAGUUUUGCAAAUCGUUUCUCCACUCAGCAAGAGCGCUGCCUCUUUUGCUUUGAGAAUCCAAGCAGGCCAGCACAUCUUGUUGUGGCAAUUGCAAAUUUCUCAUAUUUGAUGUUGCCAAAGCAGCAGCCUGUUGCACCUGGUCAUUGUUGCAUUUUGCCGAUGCAGCAUGUGCCAUCCACAAGAGCUGUUGAUGACGAUGUGUGGCAAGAAAUUCGAAAUUUCAAGAAAUGCCUGAUUAUGAUGUUUGCAAAGCAAGAGAAGGAAGUAGUGUUUCUUGAAACUGUUAUGGGGUUGGCUCAACAACGCCGUCACUGUAUAGUUGAGUGCAUUCCUUUGCCCCAUGAAAUUGCGAAGGAGGCUCCUCUAUAUUUUAAAAAGGCAAUUGAUGAAGCUGAAGAUGAGUGGAGCCAACACAAUGCAAAAAAACUGAUCGACACAAGCGUGAAGGGAUUACGGGGCUCAAUUCCGGAGCACUUUCCUUAUUUCCAUGUCGAGUUUGGUUUAAAUAAGGGGUUUGUCCAUGUGAUUGAUGAUGAAACACAGUUCAACAGCAAUCUUGGGCUGAAUGUUAUCAGAGGCAUGCUACAAUUGCCUGAGGAAGACAUGUACCGGCGCCGAAGAUACGAGACAGUGGAGGCACAAAAGCAAGCAGUUAAGAGCUUUGAUCAAGAUUGGGCGGCUUUUGACUGGACAAAACAACUUAACGAAUCCUAAAACCAAUUUUUUUUUUUGGCGUUAUUGUAGAUAUAGAGAGUAAGGGAUGACAAGGUUACUUGGGAGUUUUUCACCUGAACACUUGGUACUUGUAGCCAUUUGGGCCGUAGGUAUACUUCUGCCUUAUAGUGUAAUUCAUGCUCAUAAAAUAUUUUAGAGAAAUUUUAUUGGA